CUAAAGGAGAAUUCAAAAUUUCCCGUUUUGUCGCCUGUGAUGCAACUGCGUACGACGCUGUUUAGCCACGCCUUAUCGCCUUUUUAGAUAUCGCACAAAUUUGAUUUUUCCAGCAAUGGUUCUCCUGGGCCCCCAACGAGACAAGAAAAAGAAGUUCAAGGGAAAGAAGAAGGUGAAGAACCUUUUGGAAAAGAAAGCCAAAGGAUUGAAGUUGAAUCAAGUCGACAGGAAACGAUUAGGAAAGCUCGAGGAAAAGCAGAAGUUCAAAACUCAACUUCAUGACAGCGUGAAAGCCGAGCUGAGAAAGCUGCAAGAAAUGGAGCAAGAAAAUGACGACGACGUCGUUUCUGUUAACCCGUCAUUGUCUGGUCAAUCUAUCGAGAAGAAGGCAAGCAAAAGGGUGUCCUUUAGCGGAAUGGAGAAGGUGAAGGUAUUCGAUAAAAAUGUCAAAGACCUAGUCAUAAAGCCGUCAUCUGCCUCUCCUGGUAAAGGUAUUCUCCGCGCGAAAAAUUCGAAAGUACAAAUCAAGAAAAAGGCGAGUAAACCGAAUGCCAGUUCCCCUUCGCCCAAAAAGGCAGCAACUGACGAUAAAAUGGAUGUGGAAAAUGUGGAAACGAAGGCUGAAGAAAAGCCUAUAGUGGCCAAAAAGAAAAUAAAGAUACAGGUUACGAAAAAGAUAAAAGAACAGUUGUUGACAAUGGAUAGGAAGCAAAGGAAAGCGUUCCUCAAGCAACUCAAGGCUCAGAGAAACCCAAAUUCCGAUCGAGCAAUGGAGUGCAAGCUGUUAUGGGAGAAGAUUAGAAGUAAGAAAACCACAUCACAAGAGAAAGAAGAAUGUGUCUCGAAACUAUUUGGUUUGGUCAAGGGAUAUGCUGCCAAAUUCAUAUACCCGCACGAUACUUGUCGAGUCAUCGAGUGUUUAUUAGCGCAGAAGAGGCCUGGAAUAACUACAGCGCUGUUUGACGAGCUCACUCCUGAAAUCGUGCGAAUGACCAAAAGCAAAUAUGCUCACUUCUUUGUUCUGCGAAUGCUGAAAUAUGGUACGAGGGACCAACGAACUACCAUUAUUAGAGCCUUCCGAGGGCACGCCGUAUCACUGAUGCGAAUCGUGUAUGCUGCUGAGGUUUUGGAAUGCGCAUAUAAUGACUAUGCAAACGCACAGCAAAGGUUUGACAUUGUCUCCGAGUUUUAUGGGAAGGAGUUCGUCUUGUUCCAGUCUGACAAACCUCGAACUCUUGACGAGAUCGUAGCUGAGGAACCAAACAAGAAGAAGCUAAUUAUACAGCAUCUUGAGGAGCAAAUCUUUACUUUGGUUGAUAAAACCACUGUUCGGUUAUCGCUUUGUCACCGGCUUUUGCGAGACUACAUCACCCACUGCGAUCCAGAUCAGCGCACAAAUUUGAUUGACUCUCUCAAAGAUAGGAUUCCCGAAAUCGUGCAUACACCAGAUGGUGCCAUAGUUGCCAUGCAAUGUAUCUGGAACGCUAAUGCGAAAGAUAGAAAAUUGAUCGUGAAGAACUUCAAAGAUCUGGCUGUCAAAGUCGCAAUGGAGCAUUCUGGGCAUCGAGUUCUCAUGGCGAUUUUCGAUAGUGUUGACGACACCGUUCUCGUGAACAAGUAUAUUACUAGUGAGCUCAGCAACGAGAUAAACAAAUUAGCCUUGGAUACUUGGGGAGAGAAAGUCUUGCAUUAUAUUGUUCAUCCACGUGAUGGUCGCGGCAUGCUCCGGGACGAAAUCGAGCUGUUGAAAAAGGGCGAUGCAAAUCCGUUCAGCAAGAAAGAGAAGAAAGAUCGAUAUGCUGAGAUUUAUCGCCAUAUCUGCGAAAGUCUUUACGCUUAUCUUGCCGCUAACAUGGAAAACCUCAUAUUUGAGCACAAUAGGUCAAAAUUUGUUGCCGCAUCCUUGGAGACCACAAUCCCACUCGAGAUGCGAAAGCAUUGUAAUGAAGCCAUAGCGCAACUAGCUAAGCAGGAGUUCAUCCCAAUGGACAGCGAACGUCUCCAUUUGAUAGAGCAUACUUCCGGGAACUUUGUGUUGAUGGCAACAUUGCGAUGCGACCAAUCUUUGCCCGAGGAUCAACAGCUUUCAGUUGAGUUGGUGAACACUCUGACCAAAGAGGAGUUGGGAUCAUGGAUCUGUUGCAACAAAGGUUGUCAUGUGCUGUUGAAAAUGAUUCAGUGCGGAGCGGAUAUUGUUAGACAGAAGGUGAAAGAGGCCCUUAAUAUGAAGCAACUGAAAGAAUAUACCUUCAAAGGGGCCACGCUCCUAGUUCAAGAAAUUGCAAAGAGCUGAGGACAAGAUCCUGCCGUUGUUGAUUGUUGAGCCUGGAUUGUGAUUAUUGUAAUCCGAUGAUUAAAUGUGCGUCUUAGGUAGCAUGAGUAUCUUACUGUAAAUGCUAUGAGAUUUUCUUCACUUGUAUUUCUUUUAGUAUAAGGUUGAAAAACGAGGUCACAUGACGUCCACCUGGGGGUGUUUUACCCAGAAAUUUUCUAAAAAGGUGUUAAUGGCAUCCCUUUAUGAAAAUCAUUGUAGUUUGCCUUUUUUCUGAUUCUCCCUGCAGUACUACUUAGAUUUGGCUGAAAGGCAGUAUCAGUUAACUUGAUUGUGAGUCCUUGAACUUCUUAUAUGGAAACGAUAGUUCUGAAUAAACCUUUUCUCAAAUGGCAGCCUUAGGUCGUUCAUGCUCGAUAAAUUUGACUUUGAACUCUCGCUCAGAAUUUGCUAAAUUUAAGCGGACAAUUUUAGCACUUUCACAUUGUCCCCAUGUCGCCUGA